CCCGCUCCGAGCGCUGCGCGCGCGCCGGGCUGAUUCUUGCAAACAAGUGUCUGUGGCGCUCUCCCCGCGGCCCUGGGACGCGCUCCGCCGCCCCCCGGCGGCCCUCCUCGCGCCCGGCCCGGCUCUUAUGGGGCAGGAAGGAGCGAGGGAGCCCCUAGCCGCGCAGCCCGCGAGCGGCCGCUGCGACCCUCGGCCCGAGCGGCCCCGGCAGCCCCGUGCGGGGGCCGCGGACUCGGCUUGGCUGCCAGGCGCGCCGGCGCGGGGUCGCAGCGCGAGCAGCGCCCGGGCGGUCGCCGAGCCUGCUCCUGACAGAAUAACGUGCUUGGUGUCCCCACCCCUGGGAGGGGUUGCCGGUGCCGCGAGCGGCCUCCCAGUUUCCAUCUCUUUCUCCCGGGGAGGAUCCACCGCUGCGAGGAAGGAUUAGAAUAAACCUUGCCGAGGCGUAGAAGUGGCUCCCGAGCCAGCCGGCGGCGCCGCGGCCGCCGCCUCGUGUCCCCCCGGGGCGCAGCGCUCCGGGGUCGGCGGGCCGGAACCGAGGCGCGGCGGGCGAGCCGAGGGCGGCGGGUUCGAGCGAGCGGCUGUGCGAGGGGUCGGGCGUGCGGCGAGCCCGGAGUCGGCCAGGCAGCCCCUCGCGCCCCGCGGGACCCCGGAGCCCCGGCACGCGGGCUGGAAGCGACUGAGGACCGGCGGGGGCAGCGGGCGAGCACCGUCCCUCCAGGAAGGGGAUCCGGCUAUGACAGCUGGGCUCCCGGAGGGGUUAACCUGAGUCUCCUCCGCAAAGUUGUCGCCGAGCUCGGAUCCCGCGUAGGGGCCGCGGCGCCGCGGCUCGGGGGGCGGUCGUGGCUCGGCGGGGCCCGCGCGGCCGGGGGGCUCCUGGGGGUGCGCGCCCCACGCCGGCUGCCCUCGUGGAUGCCUCCCGGCGGCGGCGGGCCCAUGAAAGACUGCGAGUACAGUCAGAUCAGCACCCACAGCUCCUCCCCCAUGGAGUCGCCCCACAAGAAGAAAAUCGCGGCCCGGAGGAAAUGGGAGGUUUUCCCGGGAAGGAACAAGUUCUUCUGCAACGGGAGGAUCAUGAUGGCCCGGCAGACCGGCGUCUUCUACCUGACUCUCAUCCUCAUCCUGGUCACGAGCGGACUCUUCUUCGCCUUCGAAAGUGGGAGCGUUUCGUCUCUGGAGCGGUCAGUCGGUGCCUGCCUGGUGCAUGUUUUUGCUGCCCGUAUCUAGCGGUGAAACUCACCCCCGCCAUCCCCGUGGUCGGUGGCGUUCUGUUCUUCUUUGUGAUGGGGACCCUGCUCCGCACCAGCUUCAGUGACCCCGGAGUCCUCCCGCGAGCCACGCCUGAUGAAGCUGCCGACCUGGAAAGGCAAAUAGAUAUCGCAAACGGCACCAGUUCAGGGGGGUACCGCCCACCCCCCAGAACCAAAGAAGUCAUCAUCAAUGGCCAGACUGUGAAACUUAAAUACUGUUUCACCUGCAAGAUUUUCCGGCCCCCUCGUGCUUCUCACUGUAGCCUGUGCGAUAACUGCGUAGAACGAUUUGAUCACCACUGUCCCUGGGUAGGCAACUGUGUGGGGAAAAGAAACUACAGAUUUUUUUAUAUGUUUAUUUUAUCUCUGUCUUUUCUGACAGUCUUUAUAUUUGCAUUCGUUAUCACCCACGUCAUCCUUCGCUCACAGCAGACGGGCUUCCUGAACGCGCUGAAGGACAGUCCCGCGAGCGUGCUGGAGGCCGUGGUGUGCUUCUUCUCCGUCUGGUCCAUCGUGGGACUCUCGGGCUUCCACACGUACCUGAUCAGCUCCAACCAGACCACGAACGAAGAUAUCAAAGGCUCUUGGUCAAAUAAAAGAGGUAAAGAGAAUUACAACCCCUACAGCUACGGGAACAUCUUCACGAACUGCUGUGUCGCCCUGUGUGGGCCCGUGUCCCCCAGCCUCAUCGACCGAAGGGGGUACAUCCAGCCCGACACCCCGCAGCCGGCCGCGCCCUCCAACGGGAUGUCCGCGUACGGGGCCACGCCGUCGCAGAGCGACAUGUGCGACCAAGACCAGUGCAUUCAGAGCACCAAAUUCGUUUUGCAGGCCGCGGCCACGCCCCUGCUGCAGAGCGAGCCCAGCCUCACCAGCGAUGAGCUGCACCUGCCCGGGAAGCCGGGCCUGGGCACGCCCUGCGCCAGCCUGACGCUCGGGCAGCCCACGCCGCCCUCCUCCAUGCCCAACCUGGCCGCCGAGGCCGGGCUCACAGACAUACUGCCCCUGAAGGAGGAGCACGUGGGCCACCAGUUCCUGACCCCGGAGGAAGCACCCUCGCCGCCCCGGCUGCUGGCCGGCAGCCCCCUGGCGCACAGCCGCACCGUGCACGUCCUGGGCCUGGCCAGCCAGGACUCUCUGCAUGAAGACUCGGUGCGCGGCCUGGUGAAACUCAGCUCCGUGUGACCGCGCAGCCCGGCGGCCGGGGACUGCAGGCCGCGGGAGCAGGUGGAGGGCGGCUGCCCGCAGCCACCCCCCCACGACCCAGUGCCACUCUGGCGGGGACGACUCCCGGUCCUGGUCCCAAGGACCAGGUGGAGGGUCCGUGGAUCCGCUCCGACAGCAGAGGCGGCAGGACCCCAGUGCUUACAGCUCGGUGGUUUUGGCGUUUGCUUCCCAAACUGACGGCUUUGAUAACAACGGCAAUAGAGGGGUGGCUGUUGCCAGGCAUUUGGGAUAUGAAAGGUGGGCGUGGGGACAGAGGAGCCCGGGCGUCUGCCGUCAGCGGCUGGGGGAAAGGACAGUGCUUGGAUGUCACGCUGUCUGCUUGCUGCUCGUGUGACAGACACACGGAAGGCGAAUGAGACUGGUGGCCAGACUGAUACUGCACUUACAUGUUAUGCUACUAAUAUUUGAAAUAGACAUGCCAUUCCAUUUGUUAAUUUAAAAAAAAAUACCUAAAGGGAAAAAAAGCGACCAGAUGUGGACUUGCAUGCCACGCUGUUCUGUUUACAGUGGUGUUGGUAUUCCAAAGGACGUGCUGCUUUCCUCUUUUCUUUCUUCUUAAUUUUGUGAGUUUUCUCGCGCUGUUCAAUGGGAAGACAGUGCAAGGAACCAGGGCUAACGGGCGGCGCCGUCGCGGGCCAGCCCGUCUGGCCCCGGCACCCCUGGGUGGGGGCUGCAGAGGGCUGCGGGGGCUCUGACCGGACCCAGAAUCAGUUCACCUUCUGUUUAGAAGUCCCCCGAGGUCUUGUGUUGUGCCGCACCCGCCACAGUCUCCGCCUCCUGUGUGACCACACUUCCUGUGGGCAGCCAAUAAAGUGACGUCCUCUGUUA